GGAACACCUGGAACAUCCGCGCUUUAAGAGUGAAAAUAUUGGUUGAACACCUUUUAAUGUGGACAGUGAGACGGGGAAAUUGUCUGGAAGAUGAUGGCUCCAAGAUUAGAGGAAAUCUUUUAUAUUGGUCUCUGUAUUGGCCUCGCCUGUUCACAGAUUCCACUAACCACAACAGAGAGCAAGGCCUUGACCACUGUUUCCACAAGUAGCAGCUUAACGCAAGCGCCCAAUGUGACACCAAAUACCAACUCAACAGGAGCGUCCCAAGAGACGACCACCAACUCAACAGGAGCGUCCCAAGAGACGACCACCAACUCAACAGGAGCGUCCCAAGAGAUGACCACCAACUCAACAGGAGCGUCCCAAGAGACGACCACCAACUCAACAGGAGCGUCCCAAGAGAUGACCACCAACUCAACAGGAGCGUCCCAAGAGACGACCACCAACUCAACAGGAGCGUCCCAAGAGAUGACCACCAACUCAACAGGAGCGUCCCAAGAGAUGACCACCAACUCAACAGGAGCGUCCCAAGAGAUGACCACCAACUCAACAGGAGCGUCCCAAGAGAUGACCACCAACUCAACAGGAGCGUCCCAAGAGACGACAACUGCUCCACCCAAUGGAUCAGUAAGUUCGACCAUGGUUACAGCCAACACUGUAGUGCCAUCGAAUAGCACAGCCACCCAGAAGACUGCAGAUGGUCAGACCAGCAGUAUCACCUUUAUCUCUCCAUCAACUCAAAGCACCAGUACAAACACAGUGGGGACCUCCACAGUCACUGUGAAUUCCACAGAACACCACACCCUAGACCCCGGACUGAUUGCUCUUAUUGUAAUCCUGGUGGCAAUUUUACUGAUUGGGUUGUUCGUUACUGCAGUGAAAUAUUCCCACCAAGGGAAACCUGAGUUUAAACGACUUCAGGAAUUGCCAAUGAACAGUUUAAGUGAAGAAGCUCCAUUUGCUCAGUACCCGCCCAAGUAGCAUGGAAACGCUCGCUUGACUGCAUGAGAAUGUUCUGGAAAGUGUUAACAUUGCUUGUUUGGCUUUUGGCAAAGCCUGUUUAUCUGUCUUCACACUCGCCUGCCUGCUUGCUCAUUUACUCACUGUUCUAGCAAUAAUUAACCCUCUAACCCCCAGAGCAUGACCAGCUCUGACCCAGCUGCUGUACAAUGCUUGCCUGCUCGCCUUGGAAUGUGGACUUUCUGUUGGAGAUGAUAGCAAACAGCUUAUAAUCUUGUUGUCGAGGCCUUUGUAAUUCUUCGAGCCUUGGCGGAUGUUGUGUCAAUGUUUUCUACUUGGUGGUGUGGAAGGUAUAAUUCACUUCUUGAACUUUAACAGGUUAAAGUUUGAGGCAAAAUGUUUGAUCAAAUGGUGGCAUUAUUUUUUAUAAAAUGGGAAUCUAUCACGGACACAGUGCAUCUGUUCCAGCAGCUGUCCUGAACCCAAUCAUGAUGUUUCAGAUGUAAAAGCAAAGCCAAGAGAUCACCAAAGCUGAAAGCUGCUAGGGGUAUGUCUAGGUUAAAUAAUGGCCCAUGAGCCAAGGCAGGGUGAUAGCUUUGUGGUAUUAUCACAGGACAAUUAAUCCAGAGACCACAGUCACAGAUCUGGGUUCAAAUCCUGUUGAUGGUAGAACUUGAAUUGGAUGAUAAUCUGUAAGCAAAUCUAGAAAUGACUACAAUGCUAUUCUUGACUGUCAGGGGGAAAACUUUUCUGAUGAAGGGUCUAGGCCCGAAACGUCAGCUUUUGUGCUCGUAAGAUGCUGCCUGGCCUGCUGUGUUCAUCCAGCUUCAUACCUUGUUAUAGGGGGGAAACUCAACUGGUUCACCAUGUUUUGGGUGUUUGGGGGGGCAUGUUUCAUUUCUGUAUGGAAAGUCAAUCCACGGUCUUUACCUUGUCUGGAUGAUAAUGUGACUCCAGCCCACAGCAAUGUGGUUGGAAUCUGGACACUCAACGUUCAUCUAGCCAGCAAUACCCACAUCCUGUGAAUGAGUUUUUAAAAAAAGCUGCAACCACGAUUCUGUAAAUGGAGGGAAGGGCGAAGUGAGCAUGUUCCAGAUUAGUUUAAUUUCGCUGUUGAUCUCAGAUAGGCGACUCGAAUUUUCACUGCAGCCCGAAGUGUAUUCACACGACUCAGACAGGCAAAGGCAAGAAUCCACACUAUUCCCAUUAGAAUCCACACUAUUCCUGUUAGGAGUCAUUCAGUUACAUCAUGGUUAAGAUCAAUUUCUGAACCCAUUGGUUGUGCAAAAUUAGCAAUCUUUUCCAACAAGAAUCUAUCAAGCUCAGUUCUGAGCAUUUCAGCUGCACUCCCAUUUCCUGGCUUUGGCAGCUUUUUGGGGAAAAUGGAAUUCAAAAUUUCCACUCCUCUCUGUGCAAAGAAGCUUGAAUUAUAAAUUGCGUGUUCUAGGCAACCCAAUCAUGGCAAACAGUGUCUCGUCAUUGAAGUUAUUAACUUUGUUAUUCACUUUAAACACCUUGCUAGAUCACCUCAUUGUGUUCAACACUCAAGAAAAUACAAGUCUAGCACAUGCGACAUAAUUUAGUUCUUUACCUCUAAGAAAUGGAAAAAUGGUUUUGCGCCAUCUGUGGGUAGUGCAAAAAACUUCAAACAAACUUGUUCACUUUGAUAUUUAGAUCGAACUCACGACUUUGGAGAGCAGCCCACGGUUUGUGUUUUUGGGGUAGUGAAAGGUGCUGUUGCAAUGUAAACUCUCACUGGGUCACAUACCCGCACUCCCUUGAUGACGGUGGUGUGCCUUACUCCAGUUAAACAGGGAAAGGCAUUUUCUAAUUCAUCCCCAUACUCUUCAUGUAGGCUAUUCGGCCCCUCAUGCCUGCUCCAGUAUUCAAUAACAGCCUGAUUGUGGCUUCAACUCUGCUCUCUCAAUUCCUCGUCAUGCUUGCCAAUCAAAAUUCUGCCUAACUCAGCUUGGAAUAUGUUCAAUGACCCGAUCUCCACUCCUUUUGAGGAGUAGUGACCAUCUAAGGAACAAAAUUCCUCCAAGUUGAGGGAGACCCCUUAUUUUGAAACCCCUCCCCCAUGUUCUAGAUUCCCCCGAGGAGGUUGUGGUAAGUAAAGGCUUUAAAAGUGGCAAAUUUUGCACAGAUGGGGAAACCCUGAAUCAAACUACUAUUGGCUGGUUUCAGAGGCUGUGAAUUUUGUUUAUAGUCACUCUAAUAAAAUCCUCAAAAUUUUAUCCCUUUCUGUGUAACUGUCACCUCGCUGGUAUCCCUCAAUAACCUAUUACACUAACCACUUAACUAGAUAUAGGUUUGUGGGUCUAUUCGGGACACAAAGGACCUUGAGGUGUGGUCAAUCCAAGGGACAUCAUACACGAUCGACCUGAGGCAUAAACACCACUGAAGGUGAAGGGUUUGAGACUCGCUGUCUGUGAGGCACUUGGGGAAUAUCCUGAGCUUGUGAAAGGCUCGACAGAGACAAUAGCUUGCAUUUACAGGGCAGACAGACCGCAGCCCAAACUGGUGUCAGAGCCAGCGAGAAGCAACUCACUGACUCCUGACUUAGGAAAGAGCUCUUGGUUUUAGGAAGACAGCAGGAAUACUGAAAGCAGCAAUUACCUGAAGAUUCUGAGAUGGUGAUGUUUAAUUCUUAAAGAGGGAAGUUGUAUUUUUCUUUGUUGUGGGAAAAUAUAUUGAUUC